AUGGGGCAACUCAAUGAGACCAAGGCUCCUAAGGUAGCCAGUGUCACAGUGUCUCCAACGCAUAGUAUCGGUAAACAUUCACCUCCUUCGGAGGAUUCUCUCGAAGUCCAGCAAGUAUCGCCCCCAGUCUAUCACAUCUUCUCCCGAUCUCGCAAGUUAGAGAUGGUGGUUAUUGUCUCGCUUGCGGCGAUCUUUUCACCAUUGUCCUCCAAUAUCUAUUUUCCCGCCCUUGGAGAUAUCUCAAGAGAUCUUCAUACAAGCAUGACCCUAACAACUUUGACCGUCACCAUAUAUAUGAUCGUUCAGGGAAUUGCACCGACCUUUUGGGGCUCCAUAUCAGACACCUCUGGCCGACGGCCCGUGUUCAUUGGAACCAUGAUUGUCUAUAUCAUCGCCAACAUUGCCCUUGGUGUAUCUACUAACUACGGCGAGCUUAUGGCAUUCCGUGCCUUGCAGGCUGCUGGAAGCGCAGCUACAAUCUCGAUAGGAGCAGGUGUCAUUGGUGAUAUCACAACUUCGGCGGAACGAGGAAGUCUGGUAGGGAUUUUUGGUGGUGUCCGCAUGCUUGGUCAAGGCAUUGGCCCGGUCUUUGGCGGUCUUCUCUCGCAGUAUCUUGGAUUCCGAUCGAUCUUCUGGUUCCUCACGAUUUGCGCCGGCGUCAGUCUGUUAACUAUACUCGUACUACUUCCUGAGACCCUGCGGUCGAUUGCCGGCGACGGGACGGUCCCUCUUCAUGGCCUGCAGAAGCCAUGGCUAUACUAUAUCAUUGGACAGCCGGGUGCUGAAGAGGGCGCUGAACCCAGUCUCAAAAAGACCAGGGUGACUCUUGGAACUGUCUUCGCGCCUCUCAAAUUCCUGGUGGAGAUUGAUGUCUUUAUUACUCUUUUCUUCGGAAGUAUUGUCUACACAGUGUGGAGUAUGGUCACAUCCAGUACCUCUGACCUGUUUGAGCGAACAUACAACUUGACCACCCUUCAGGUCGGACUCACGUUUUUGGGCAAUGGCUUAGGAUGCAUGUCAGGAUCCUACACAAUCGGCUACCUAAUGGACUACAACCACCGUCUCACCGAGCGCGAAUACUGCGAGCGACAUAACUACCCACCCGGCACACGAGUGAACCUGAAAACACACCCAGACUUUCCAAUUGAGACCGCGCGUAUGCGCAACACUUGGUGGAUUACAAUUCUGUUUAUUGUGUGUGUCGCGGUCUAUGGUGUUUCGUUGCAAACUCAUCUCGCGGUCCCUAUCAUCCUGCAAUACAUUAUCGCCUAUUGCUCAACUGGCAUCUUCACGAUUAACAGUGCGUUGGUAAUUGAUCUCUAUCCAGGUGCUAGUGCUAGCGCCACCGCUGUCAAUAAUCUUAUGCGGUGUCUGAUUGGUGCUGCGGGCGUUGCGGCAGUACAGCCUAUUAUUGAUGCGUUGGGUCCGGUGUAUACUUUCAUUUUACUUGCUGGGAUCACCCUGGCUCUGUUCCCUUUGCUGUGGGUGGAGACGAAAUAUGGAGCCGGGUGGCGACUUGCUCGACAUCAGAGAUUGAACAGCCCUCGGGCUAGGUAA